UGUAAAAUGUAGCCUUUCAUAAUUUUGUUUAUUUUUUAAUUGAACACCGAAAUAUUUAAAGUUUGAAGUUCAUUAAGAAGAAUGUCUUUAAGGUCUCAGGUAAUCAGUUUAUAUAAAACGUUGCUAUACCUAGGGCGCGAAUAUCCGUCAGGUUAUGACUUUUUUCGGAAAAGGUUGCACAAUGCUUUUCUGAAAAAUAAAGAUGUGAAGGAUCCUGACAAAAUAGAAAAGAUGAUUGCACAUGGACAAUAUAUUGUUCGAGAGCUUGAAGCUUUAUACAAAUUGAAAAAGUACAGAACCCUGAAACGAAGGUAUUAUAAUUAACUAAUCAUUGUCAGAUUGUUUUAAGAGUGUAAGUAUGUGAAUAAAAAUUUGUGAAUCGAAUAUUGUAUUUGCUACUUGCUUCUGCAAAUCUCCCUUACUUGUAGUGGUUUAGAACUUCAACUGCGGGUUUGCAAUAAAAAAAUCAGUUAAUGAUCAACAGGAAAGGUGAUAUGAUUUAUUUAUCUUCUACAUUAACAAGAGCAAGGAUUGCCACGAUUUAUUUUUACAUUUUACAAUAUAUUAUCAUUUCUUAUUGUUCGCUUUGGUUAACAUUUAAAAAUCAUAAGAAAAUGUACUUUGAUAACAAAUACCUAAAUCUAUGAAUAAUCAAUGUAUUAAAGCAGGCGGUUAUU